UGAUAACGAUUGAUAAAGUGAACUUUAAAAAGUUUAUUUUCUAGUACGACACCAAAUUGCUAAUUUGUAGAGAAUUUCUAUAGAGAUGUCUUCAAAGCCGCUUGCAGGGAAAGUAUGUAUUGUUACCGGGGCAACGCGCGGUAUUGGUAAAGGAAUAGCACUUCAACUUGCAGAGAAAGGGGCAAAAGUGUAUAUAACUGGACGUACUUUAGAUCCACCAAAAGGUUCAAAAGUUGGAGGUUCAUUGCGUGAUACAGCACAAGAAGUCGAAGCCCGCGGUGGAAUUUGUGUUCCAGUGCAGUGCGACCAUUCGAAAGACCAGGAUAUCGAAAGACUGUUUGAGCAAGUUAAACGCGAAAAUGAGGGACAGUUGGAUAUAUUAGUAAAUAACGCGUAUUCGGCUGUAAAUGCAAUUUUCAGCUCCUUGAAUGUGAAAUUUUGGGAACAGUCGCCAUCCAUGUGGGAUGACGUAAAUAAUGUUGGAUUAAGGAAUCAUUACAUUUGUUCUGUUUAUGCUGCAAGAAUGAUGGUUCCCCGGAAACAAGGACUUAUAGUAAAUGUAUCGUCAUCUGGUGGACUUCGAUAUCUGUUUAAUGUCGCUUAUGGUGUCGGCAAAGAAGCUUGUGACCGAAUGGCCGCCGAUUGUGGAUUUGAACUUAAGAAACAUAAUGUUGCUUUCGUAAGUUUAUGGCCUGGUGCGGUUGGUACAGAGACAGUCCUGGCAAAAUUAAAAGGUAAUGUUCAGGAGACAAUGAAAGAUGCUAAUAUUCCAAAGCCAAUGAGAGACUCAGAAAAAAUGUUAAGCAUUUUCGAACAAGGUGAGACAACUGAAUUUGCUGGACAAUGCAUUGCUGCAAUUGCAACUGAUCCUGAUUUGAUGAAAAUGAGCGGGAAGAUAUUAACAACGGUUGAGUUAGCACGAACAUACAGUCUCGCAGACGUGGAGGGACAUGGGCCGUCGGAUUACAGACAAGUCAAUUUUCUUUUGAGACAAUAUGGACAUCCAUGGCUAGCCUGGUGCUUUCCAAGUUUCAUUCGUAUACCAAAGUGGUUCGUUGCUCUAGCAGGAAACAAAUUUUAUUAGAACAAAUAUAUAUGUUGUGUAUAAUGGAAUGGAAAGGAAUAACAAUAAGACAAAAUGUUGAAAAAUGUCAGCAUGUGAUGAGCUGUAGCAAUGUACUUGUAAACACAAGUCCAUAGGAUAUGGGUUUUUUUGACAUGCAAAAACCUGCUUUAAGCAGUUAACUUUAUGUAACUGAUAUGUUUGUAUAUGUAUGAUAUAUGUGUGCUUUUAAAGAUUUAAAAGAU